AUUUCUUCACGUCAUUCUCAACUUCGUUACCAGUGUCGACUUUCAGCUUCUGUUCCUCACAUACCCAAGAUAGAUCUGUAACUGAGUAUCACCGCUUACCCUACAGAUAUAUCAAUAAACCAGCCCAAAGGAGAAUACACGUUUAUACAUAUAGCCAUGGGCUCCAAAGUCAGCCUGACGGCAUUGGCAUCACUGCGCGUCUCCAAGCACUUCAUCCCGGCACAUGGGCUAUUCCCGAACACAAGCAUCCAAAACAAACCCCUCUUGAUCUAUCACUCCGCCUUCUCGUCAGCGAGUGCAUCAGCCAUCGAAUCUCGCCUUACCUCCCUUGGUGUCGUCGAGCCGCAGUGGCGAUACACCAUGUACAGCACGAGUCACUUCCACAGUACGACACACGAAGUUCUGAGCAUUAGCCACGGGCGCGCUAAGCUUUGUUUUGGGGGCGAAGAUAAUGAAGGCCGGAUCGAGCCUCUAGUUGAGAAGGGCGAUGUGAUCAUUGUACCGGCCGGCGUUUCUCACCGCUUGCUGGAUGAUUUUGGCAGUGGUUUCGAGAUGGUUGGAAGCUAUCCGAAAGGUUACCGCUGGGAUAUGUGCUACGGCAAAAGGGGCGAGGAAGGAAAGGUUGAUGCCAUCGCUGAGAUACCGUGGUUUAGUAGAGAUCCGAUAUAUGGAGAUCAUGGGCCGGCAGUAGAGGUUUAAUAUCUUGUGGCAAUUUCACAUUUGCAGGAUGGCGAAUAUUAACACUUUUGUUCAACCCUGA